UAUCUGUCAAGAUAUGUAGUAUUUCUGCGCAUGUCAUGAAACCUAAUGAUGUUUAAAACAUAAGUUGAUGUCUCUGUAUGUCGAUGUACUCUUCAAAGGCAUACCAAGUUCACGAAACGACAUAUUUUGUGAUAUUUAAUCAAAUAAAGGUGUUCCUUGAUUUUAUAGAAAGAAGUUGGAAAGAUAUAGAUGUAGUUUAGAAGGCAGGGGUACUGUUGGUGUGAUCUGCAAAAUCAUAUAACGGACCUAUAAAUACAAAAAACGACAUGGUACAGCUUCUAUGGUCGACUCCUGCGUAGCAUAGUGUUAUUCGGUUACCUGUGUCAGAUCUGCAGCACUAAUCCAUGAUGACGUCAUCAGAAGAUGGACAGAAUGGACGCAUCGAUUCCGAUUCCAGGCUGUUCCAAGCAGCUCGGCAAAAUCGUCGGCGUUCUUCGGUAACUGUCGGAGGUACUGAUAUCGAGAUCGACGACAACGUUGUGAAACAAAGGUCAAAAACUCUUGAACAAACUUCAAAACAAAAAGAGAGGAAAAUGUCAGUACAGUAUGGCGACGUUGGGGAUAUGUACAUUGGACAAUUAUAUUCAGCAGACGUUAAAGCAACGCAAGGGACGAACUUCAAACAUGUCUCGGACUCCUUGUACGUUGCUAUACGACCAUUGUUAUUUUUGAUGAAAUGUCUGGGGCUCUUCCACACCCGUGAAUGGCAAGGACGCAGUCAGAUUAUUACACCAUCUAUGCUCUACUCAAUUAUUUUGAUGCUCAUUCUGUGGGCCAGCGUCAUUAGGUUUUUCACGGUCUAUGAAACUGACGCUUGGUACGGCGAAAAACUAUUUUUCAAAAUUGCAAGACACAUAUGGUGGUUCCAGGUAGCCGCUGCUUCGACAUGUUCAUUUUUCGCAGCAAGAAAUGUUCCAAACUUCUUUGAAAGAUGCCAUAAAAUGAUGAAAGAUCGCAUCCUGUUGCCAUACAGAAACUACAUUAGAAAAUGGUCAAUCGUUUACUGUGUGAUAGCGGCAAUUCUAGUCAUAGUAAAUGUGAUCUUCAUUGCGGUAUGGUUCAAUACGCCAAACAGUCAAUAUACAGAACUUGAACUGACUCCUUUUUACAGGGGACAAGAGGCUCCUGUUUGGUUCCGAGUUAUUUACAUCAUCUUGACUUUCUUUGCAUCUUGUGCCUACUCGUUCUCCAUGUCACUCAUGGUCACAUUCUGCCUCGUUCUCAAAAAGGAAUUCAAUUUAUUUUUUGAAAAAUUUAAGAACACGACAUCAGUAAACGGUGAAUAUUCUGGCAAUAUUGAGGAACAUAGACGUGAGCAUCUUCGCAUCUGUGGUUUGGUUGUGACAGGGGACGAUAUAUUUAAUCUCCAUACUCUUAUUGUAUACGUCACAGACGUCCCCGCUGCUUGCCUUCUUACGUUCAACCUGAUCUUUGAUCAAUUUGGAGAUUCUUUGACGCUUCCUUUGUUACAAUUGUGGUUGCUCUUGGCUGCAAUAUUUCGUCUUUACACCGUCACCGUCGCCGCAACAUUGUUAAAUGAGGCCGGUACCGCUCCUUUGGAUGAACUUCAUGAGAUGAGGAUGUUGGACCAAGAUAAUCUUCCUUCUGACAAGAUGGUACAGAUUCGAGUGUUUAUCUAUAAAUUGACGGGUGCAAUAGGUUUCACUGGGUGGCAGUUGUUUACUAUUACAAGAGAUACCACUACCUCGAUAUUCAUCGCUGUGACGGGUUACAUCAUUGCGAUGAUGACUCUCCAAACAGGUUUCAAUCCAUUCAUCCGUGCUGUCCAAUGCGCCUGCAACUGCACCCCUCCAAUGUCCGAUUUGAACAGUACUUACGACAAUGUUACGUCGUUUUUUCAACCCAAUGUUGAUGUUUAUGUUAUUGGAGGGGAGAUGAUAGCACUCCCAGCCAUCGGGAAAAAGUCACAAUAUCUGGUGUUUGAGGAGAAUACCUCUCGAUUCAUCAGUCCUGAUGAAUGGCCGCCCAAUACACUAGAUGCCAACUCCUGUGACUAUCACACAUUGAGGCACCUGGAGCAGCUUAUUGCAGUUAAUAGUAAUCCCCCACAAACUAUUGAUCAACUAAAAGAAGUUCUGCAAGAGAAGUGGAGAGAACUACCACAAAAACCACUACAGCACGCCAUUGACCAGUUCCGCCCUCGUCAAUGUGUGAUAGUGAAGAUGAAAGGCGGAUGCAUUGAACAUGCGUUUAAUAAAUAAUUAAUAGAUAAUGAAUGUGUUAUUGGUGAUCACAU